AUGAGACCCUCGUACACCUCAAGCAGCAGCGCUACUCCUAUUUGGCUUGAUUGUGAUCCUGGCCAUGAUGAUGUCGUGGCAAUUCUGCUUUCAGCCUUCCACCCUGCGCUGAAGCUACUCGGCCUAAGCACUGUUCACGGGAAUGCUUCGCUGAAGAAUACCACGCACAACGCUUCAAGAGUGUUGACCGCUCUAGGCCUGACGGAUAUUCCAAUUUAUCCAGGUGCCCGCAAGCCUUUCUGCCGCCGAGCUGCUUAUGCACCAAGCAUUCAUGGAGCAACGGGCCUGGAUGGCACCACUCUUCUUCCCAAGCCAGGCGUUACGCCUCGGGAGAAUGAGAAUUAUAUAGUAGCCAUGCGCGAUGCACUUCUCGCGCAACCGCGCAAUUCAGCCUGGGUCGUAACGACAGGCACAUUGACAAACGUUGCCAUUUUAUUCGCCGCGUUUCCUGAAGUGGUAGACCACAUCAAGGGACUGAGCAUCAUGGGCGGGGCCAUUGGAGACGGGUUCAGCGAUGCGCCUCUGGGCGUUGUCAAAGGCGAAGGACCCAGAGUGGGCAAUUGGACAAGGUGGGCUGAGUUCAACAUAUACUGUGACCCAGAAGCCGCACAAUCCAUCUUCACAAAUCCGGUCUUGGCAGCCAAAACGACACUCAUCCCACUCGACUUGACACACCAAGUCCUAGCGACCCCAGAGGUGCUCCAGCUUCUUCUACAUGGCCCUUCUUCUUCUUCUUCGUCAACAGGGAGUGCAGCAGCAGCAGGAGAAUCGGCCAUCAAACCUAAACCUUCAGGUCUCCGCCAGCUGCUCUAUGACUUACUCACCUAUUUCGCCCACACGUACGCAGAAGUCUUUGGGCUGACGGCUGGCCCGCCGUUGCACGAUCCGUUAGCAGUGGCCGCUACAUUGCCGGCUGCCGUGCUGUUGGAGGAUGCAGCUCCAGCAUUUGAUGACCGCGGUGGCGAGAGGUGGUUCAUUGAUGUCGUGACGGACGGAUUGCACAGCAACUCUGACCAAGAACGGGGUCAGGUAGGCCGCACAAUUGCGCGAAAGCUGCCGCCUGGGGAGCCUGGAGUAACUGUUCCACGCACGCUGGACGUGCCUAAAUUUUGGGAGGUCCUGGAGCACUGCAUCCAUAGAGCCGAAAGCUCGGCGAUACCUGAACUACGAGGUUGA